GAGAAAGUGACACAUAAAAAAUAAUUAGUACAAAAAGGUCAAACAAACCUUUUCUUUUUUAGCUAUAUAACUUCAUCACUGCCCAACCAAUAACCUUCCCCCUCUCCUCCCUCUCUCGCUCUCUCUCUCUCCUCUCUCUGCAUUUUGCUUUGCUUUUUCAGCACCAACACAAUCUCCCUUCCCUCAACAACCUCUCCUUCAUUAACACCCCCAAAUCCCAUCAUUUUGAACCCCACAAUUCCUUUCCUUUCCUUUCCUCCAAAUCACUCCUCUGUUCCCUCUGUUUCCCCUGUUUGUUACACCUUAAUUCCUCUCUCUCAUUAUCUUCCAACACAAUCAACAAUCUCAAUUUCUCUUCAAGUUCAAUCUCAUUCUUGUGAAUUGUCAUCUGGGUCUCAACCCUUUUCUUCAAUGGACAAAGAGUACUUCCUCAAUGCUGGAAUUCAACCUCCAUUACAGUUCGAACCGUCGCAAAUACCCACAUGGCAGACUCUGAAUUGCUCGCCGGAGCAAUCUUCCGACUGCUUCUUCAAUCCCAUUUGGGACAAAUCAACAACAGAACAGUACACCCACUUCGAGUCAGCUCUCAGCUCAAUGGUCUCCUCGCCGGCGGUCUCCAAUUCCAGCAUGUCCAAUGACAGUUACGCAAUCCGGGAACUCAUCGGAAAGCUGGGUAUCAUCUGCAACUCCGGUGGAGAGAUCUCGCCCCAGUCGCAGCCGCUGCUGGCGGCAACAAUGGCUGCAGCUUCUCACAUUAUUGGUAGCGGUGGUGGUGGCGGUGGGAGUAAUAGCACUAACACUACAUGUUAUAGCACACCUUUGAAUUCACCUCCAAAGUUGCAUUUGCCAACUAUGGAUCACUUGCCCAAUUUGGGAAACUCAAUGCCCGCAAAGGCCACCUUGCCGGCACUCUCCGGUGACCCCGGGUUUGCCGAGAGGGCUGCCAAGUUCUCUUGCUUCGGCAGCCGCAGUUUCAACGGCCGGGCAAGCCAAUUGGGGUUGAACAAUGCUGAAUCUCCUUAUAGAUCAAGCCCAUUAAUGGGAGGAGCAAAUUUACCACGAGUUUCGAGCAGUCCUUCUCUGAAAGCAGCUGGAUCUCCAAUGGGUGUUCAUGAAAACAAGAAUUGCGAGCAAACCCAUGUGGAAAUGAGGACAAACAAUGGCUUGGGAAUGGUGACUGACAAUAAAUUCAGCAAAUUAUCAAAUUCUGUUGCAAGAGAUGGAGCUGAAUUCCACAGUCCUAAUGAGGAGUCCUCUGUUUCCGAGCAAAUCCCAAUUGAGGAAAAUGGAUUUGGAACACCAGUGGAUUUGAAUUCCAGGAAAAGAAAAGCUGCUUCCAGAGGAAAAUCAAAGGAAAUUGCAUCACCUCAAUCUUCCACUAAGGUAGUAGAAGCAGAGGAUGAUACGAAUUCAAAGCGAUCCAAACUGAAUGAAGGGAAUGGAAACGAAAAUGGCGGUGUAAAGACAGAGGAGGGGACAAAGGGUGCAGGGGAUGAAGCCAAGAGCAGCCCAAAGCCUCCUGAGCCACCAAAGGACUACAUUCAUGUGAGAGCAAGGAGGGGUCAAGCCACUGACAGCCAUAGUCUCGCAGAAAGAGUUCGAAGAGAGAAGAUCAGUGAAAGAAUGAAGCUUCUCCAAGACCUUGUACCAGGUUGCAAUAAGGUCACCGGAAAGGCGCUAAUGCUGGAUGAAAUUAUAAAUUAUGUACAAUCUUUGCAACGCCAAGUCGAGUUCCUGUCUAUGAAGUUAGCUACAGUGAAUUCAACUCUGGAUUUUAACAUGGAAAGUCUCCUCCCAAAGGAUAUAUCUCAGCCAAAUGUCUCCUUGCCUCAUCCAACAUAUCCAUUAAAUACCUCAGCAUUACCUUUCUAUGCACACCAGCCCCACCAAAGUCCACACGUACAUCAUCCUAAUGUGUCCAACGGCAUGCAAUUACCUCCACUUGAUGAAUUCGGCCAAGGUCUUCCACAGUUUUCGGCGUUCUGCGAAGAUGAUCUGCAGAGCAUUGUCCAUAUGGGUUUUGGACAGAACCCAAAUCAAGAUUCAACAUUUCAUUCACAGACCUUUGCUGGCUUGAAUCAAGCAUCUGAUAUGAAAACUGAGCUGUGAUGUCACCAAUUUCAUUUGAUCCCUUGACUCAAGACUACUCAAAGGAAGAGACAGGCUGCUGUAUAUAGAAAGAGAUUUUGGUGGAUGACUACUAAUCCAUCUUUAGGUCCCAAUCAAAAUAACUUUUUUUUUUUUCCUACCUUUUUCCCACUAAGUAUUUAUCAUUUAUAUUUUGAUCUUAUUUUUGUGAAUCAUGUGGUCUUCUAUUAUUUUUGUCUUUCUUUUUGGGGGCUAAGUUUCUUAUAAGUAUCCAAUGUAUAAUCCUAGAAACAGUUGUAUUAUGUCUACGUUUUAGUAGUGCCAAGUCACAAAGCACCAGUUGUAAGAUAUAUUCUUGACUAGAAAAUGAGAAAUGUUAUAUUAAUUCCACAA